CGGAGUAGCAGGAGUUUGCAAGCUGCUUCAUUAACUUGGAGCCAGUGGAAUGUCUAGGAUCUUCUGUGACUUGGAAACCAGUGGCAGAAUGUUCCCAUGUUUCUGGUCCUCUUCAGUCAGAAAAUGAGUUCCGGGGUGAGCUGCUGAAUCAGAGGUGGACACACGGAGGCAAGGCCAGCAGCUGCAGGACCUCAAGACACCUUCUUGGCAGACACUGCAAGAUGAGCUUAGAAAAUGAAGACAAGCGAGCUCGCACCCGAUCCAAGGCCCUGCGAGGACCCCCCGAGACCACAGCUGCAGACCUCAGCUGCCCCACCCCGGGAUGCACUGGCUCAGGACACGUCCGGGGCAAGUACUCCAGGCACCGAAGUUUACAGAGCUGCCCCCUGGCCAAGAAGAGGAAGCUGGAGGGCGCUGAGGCUGAGCACCUGGUGUCCAAGAGGAAGUCACACCCCCUGAAGCUGGCUCUGGACGAGGGCUAUGGUGUGGACAGCGACGGCAGUGAGGACACCGAGGUGAAGGACGCCUCUGUUUCGGAUGAAUCGGAAGGAACUCUGGAGGGGGCCGAGGCUGAGACAUCAGGACAGGAGGAGAUUCAUCGCCCCGAGCCAGCUGAAGGAAGGAGCCCCAUCAAGUCCCAUUUUGGAUCCAACCCCACUGGCUCCUCCAAGGGCAGCUAUAGCAGUUACCAGGGAAUCAUCGCCACUUCUCUGCUGAACUUGGGUCAAAUUGCUGAAGAGACUCUGGCGGCCAAGCCAGGCCCUGGCGUUGUGCACCUGCUUCAGGAGGCCACAGAGGGAGCCGCCAGCGAGGAGGGUGAAAAGGGCCUCUUCAUCCAGCCAGAGGAUGCCGAGGAGGUCGUAGAAGUCACCACCGAACGCUGCCAGGACCUGUGUCCCCAGUCCCUGGAGGAUGCAGCCAGUGAGGAGUCCAGCAAGCAGAAAGGCAUCCUGAGUCACGAAGAGGAGGAUGAGGAGGAGGAGGAGGAGGAAGAGGAGGAGGAAGAGGAUGAAGAAGAGGAAGAGGAAGAGGACGAGGAAGAGGAGGAGGAAGAGGACGAGGAGGAGGAGGAGGAGGAGGAGGAGGAGGCAGCUCCUGAUGUGAUCUUUCAGGAGGACACCUCUCACACCUCUGCCCAGAAGGCACCUGAGCUCCAGGGCCCAGAACCACCCAGUCCCAAGCCUGAGUACUCUGUCAUUGUGGAGGUCCGCUCGGAUGAUGACAAGGACGAGGACACCCACUCCCAGAAGUCAACAGUCACUGACGAGUCGGAGAUGCACGACAUGAUGACCCGGGGCAACCUGGGCCUCCUGGAGCAGGCCAUUGCCCUGAAGGCUGAACAGGUGCGCACGGUCUGUGAGCCGGGCUGCCCGCCUGCCGAGCAGAGCCAGCUGGGCCUGGGAGAGCCAGGGAAGGCAGCAAAGGCCCUGGACACUGUUCGGAAGAGCUACUACAGUAAAGAUCCUUCAAGAGCUGAGAAGCGUGAGAUCAAGUGUCCAACACCAGGCUGUGAUGGCACUGGCCACGUUACCGGGUUGUACCCUCACCACCGCAGCCUUUCUGGCUGUCCCCACAAGGAUAGGAUCCCCCCAGAGAUCUUAGCCAUGCAUGAGAACGUGCUAAAGUGCCCCACUCCCGGCUGCACAGGCCAGGGCCACGUGAACAGCAACCGCAACACGCACAGAAGUUUGUCUGGGUGUCCCAUUGCUGCCGCCGAAAAAUUAGCCAAAUCCCACGAGAAGCAGCAGCCGCAGACAGGAGAUCCUUCCAAGAGCAGCUCCAAUUCUGAUCGGAUCCUCAGGCCUAUGUGCUUCGUGAAGCAGCUCGAGGUCCCUCCAUAUGGGAGCUACCGGCCCAACGUGGCCCCUACCACGCCCAGGGCCAACUUGGCCAAGGAGCUGGAGAAGUUCUCCAAGGUCACCUUUGACUACGCAAGUUUCGAUGCUCAGGUUUUUGGCAAACGCAUGCUUGCCCCAAAGAUUCAGACCAGCGAAACCUCACCUAAAGCCUUUCAAUGUAACACUUCAUCCUCUUCUGCAUUUGACUGCUCACACGAUGCCGAGGCUGCACACAUGGCUGCCACUGCCAUCCUGAACCUCUCCACACGCUGCUGGGAGAUGCCUGAGAACCUCAGCACGAAGCCACAGGACCUCCCCAGCAAGUCUGUGGAUAUUGAGGUAGAUGAGAAUGGAACCCUGGACUUGAGCAUGCACAAACACCGCAAGCGAGAACAGGCUUUCCCCAGCAGCAGCAGCUGCAGCAGCAGCCCCGGCGUGAAGUCUCCUGACACCUCCCAGCGCCAGAGCAGCACCAGCGCCCCCAGCAGCUCCAUGACCUCUCCCCAGUCCAGCCAGGCCUCCCGCCAGGACGAGUGGGACCGGCCCCUGGACUACACCAAGCCUAGCCGCCUGAGAGAGGAGGAGCCUGAGGAGUCAGAGCCAGCAGCCCAUUCUUUUGCUUCUUCUGAAGCAGAUGACCAGGAAGUGUCGGAGGAGAAUUUUGAGGAGCGGAAGUAUCCGGGGGAAGUCACCCUGACCAACUUUAAGCUGAAGUUUCUCUCCAAGGACAUAAAGAAGGAGUUGCUCACCUGUCCCACCCCUGGCUGUGACGGCAGCGGCCACAUCACUGGGAACUAUGCCUCCCACCGCAGCCUCUCUGGUUGCCCUCUUGCUGACAAGAGCCUCAGAAACCUCAUGGCUGCCCACUCUGCUGACCUCAAGUGCCCCACGCCCGGCUGUGACGGCUCUGGCCAUAUCACAGGGAACUACGCUUCACACCGGAGCUUGUCCGGCUGCCCUCGUGCAAAGAAAAGUGGAGUCAAGGUGGCGCCCACCAAGGACGACAAGGAGGACCCCGAGCUGAUGAAGUGCCCAGUUCCAGGCUGUGUGGGGCUUGGUCACAUCAGUGGAAAAUACGCCUCUCACAGGAGCGCGUCCGGCUGCCCACUGGCCGCCCGCAGGCAGAAGGAAGGUUCCCUCAAUGGCUCGUCAUUCUCCUGGAAGUCCCUGAAGAAUGAAGGACCGACCUGCCCCACCCCGGGCUGUGACGGCUCUGGCCACGCCAAUGGGAGUUUCCUCACCCACCGGAGUUUGUCAGGCUGUCCCAGAGCAACAUUUGCUGGAAAGAAGGGAAAACUCUCAGGGGAUGAGGUCCUCAGUCCAAAAUUCAAGACUAGCGAUGUGUUGGAGAAUGAUGAGGAGAUCAAGCAGCUGAACCAGGAGAUCCGAGACCUGAACGAGUCCAACUCGGAGAUGGAGGCCGCCAUGGUACAGCUGCAGUCCCAGAUCUCCUCCAUGGAGAAGAACCUGAAGAACAUCGAGGAGGAGAACAAGCUCAUUGAGGAGCAGAAUGAAGCCCUGUUUCUGGAGCUGUCCGGCCUGAGCCAGGCCCUCAUCCAAAGUCUUGCCAACAUCCGCCUUCCACACAUGGAGCCAAUAUGCGAACAGAAUUUCGAUGCCUAUGUGAGCACCCUCACCGACAUGUACUCCAACCAGGAGUGCUACCAGAACCCGGAGAACAAGGACCUCCUGGAGAGCAUCAAGCAGGCUGUGAGGGGCAUCCAGGUCUAGGCCGUGUGGUACCCAGGAGUGUCCCAGCCCACCACACCGUUUACCUCCCCCGCCCUGCCCCAUACCGUGGGGAUGCCCAACUCACAGUGACUUCCCGUUCGCGGCCCGGUGUGGCCUCGGGUGGGUUUAUCCAAAGGGAUGGCUGGAAAUCAGCCUCUCCCACGAUGCUCCCUCCAGGCUUGGGGCCGUGGCGGCCCCAUCUGUGCGCACAGGGGCACUGAAGAAUUACAAAGUGAUUUAUUUUUGUUUUCUGAAAGAAAUCUGAAGAGCAGCUCAAAGUCUCCAGUGGAAGCUCAUGGACAAGGUUCUCAGGG